AGAGACUCCACUAUCAAGCUCUUAUCGAAGCUCCAGCGGUGUUUGAUCUGCCUGUCGUGCCCACACAGUUUUUAUCGGGUUCUCUUCCUCUUCACUCUCUGAUUUCUGUUUCUCCUUUUCUUUGAUUCUUCACUUACUAUGAUCCUCUUCUUUCAUCCGACAAUCCUCCCUCUUCAAUCUUUCUGGGUGUGUUAUUUAACUGGUUAACUGUCCCCCUUCUUGUUCCCUCCUCACUCUCUCCACCGCUUUCUCUUCUCUCGCCCCUCCAUCUUAUCCUCAUCUCUUCCUGCCGCGUCUACUGUCACGGACCUUCCCUCUUUCUUUGAAUCAAUCCUUGAUUCUUUCCUGGCUGCCUAAUUGGGUGAUACGCCCUUUCUUCUUGACAGGCACACCCCUUUCUCCCCCUUUUCUUGGUGCUCCUUGGUCAAAAAUCGGUCGUGGAAAAAAUGUCAUGGCAGCUGCCCCGAUAGACGACAGCUCGACCUCCCCGCCUGACCCUGUACCUGCCGAUUCGACGCGUCCUCCCCGCGAUUCCAUGGAAGACUCCGACCCCCAGUUGACCCGGAAACGUCCUCGUCUCGAUAGUGGUUCGUCCCCUCAUGAGGAUUGUUCAACCGACCAGACUCCCGUUUCUCGAAUGCCCGAGCAGACUCCCGAUGCUGGUCCGGCUUCGUCGCCGCAGGACACCCCUGCGUCGACCCGACCCGCCAGCCGCAUGACGAUCAACGUCAAGUCGCCCGUCCCCGACCUCAUGGCCUCCGUCUCAGAAGACCCGCCCGCCGACCGUCCGUCCGUCGAGAUCCCCGAACCGCCCCCCGCAGACGAUACCGGAACCCACCUGUCCAACGCCAUCUCCGUCUCGUCAUCGCCCGCCCAGAGUCCGGAGAUCGAGGUGGCGGACUUGGAGGAUAUGGGUCAAGAUCCGAACAUGUCGAGCUGGAAUUCGCUGGGCGACGCGCUGGGAGAUCCCGAGAUCGUACAGAUACAGGAACAGCCAUCGCUGACCGACCUCUUCCCGAAACUCCAGGACAAUCUCGAUUUGCGCCACAACGUGCAGCAGAUCAGUCUCAUGAUCCAGAAGGGCCCAGCGCACGAUGUGACCUGUUUCGCGGCGAUCAAGAAUUGGCUCGACGAAGUGGUCCAGGACCUCGAUCAGCUAACCUACGGCAUAUUGUUGGAAGACCGUGAAUUUUGGAAGGAGGUGCCAUCCCUGGUGGAAGGCCUGCUGCACAGACGGCAAAUCCUUCAACCGGAUGAAGGCCAAGGGCCUGUCGCAUGUUUGCAAGAAUUCCUCAGCGGCUUCGCCCGACUGGCCCUCCACAUCCUUCACCUGGAUACUCUACUUUUGAACCAAAUCCUCGAGGGCGUAGACCUGUCGGUGGGGGACUUGUUGUCGAGACCGUAUUUGGCCGCGGUGGCGGAGAUGAUCCGGGGCCCGCCAAUCCCCUUGUAUGAUGCUAUGGAUAGGGUGUCACACACGUGGGAGGGCUCGGGCCUGGCCGCGAGCCUGCAUGCCCAGGUCACCGCGCCUCCCCUGAGCAUCGCCAAGCGGCUCUCCGAGUACGGUGCCUGCAUCAUGGCGCUCAUUCCCAGUUCCCCGCAGCUGUCAUCUUCCCUGUUGGCGGUCUUGGUGGUUGCGCACAACCUGAUCGAGCCUGGCCGCACGUCCGAGCCGGACCAGGCUGUGGUUGCGUCCCCCGAGACCCGCCGCACGGCCGAGCUGGUUUACAGCUUGGUCCGGGCCGCGGAUGAGUGGCUUCAGACUCAUGUCACCAAGAAGUCUUCGUGGGUCACCAGCGAGGUCAGCGAUGUCGUAGCUCACCAGCUCGGAAUCGCUUAUCACAAACUCUGCACCUGUGACUCGGACCUGGCCCUACAGGUGGCCCAGGAUCUGUCCAUCAGGCUUCCCGAAGGUCUCCCAUCUGAUCAGAUCCCCACCAUCAUCCACCACGGCUGGAGGUUCGCGCUGUUGAAGAAACAUGUCAUGGAAGGCCGCAUGGAGCUUCGAGUUCACGGCGUCGAGGGGAUCCAGUCUGAUCUCAUCAGUAUCUGGAGAAAUUACAUCCAGAAAGAUCCUUCGGGUGUUGACCAUCCUGUGGUGCAAUAUGUGGUCCACUUGCUGAGAGAGAGCAAGAUCGUCGAGUAUAUCGUCGGGGUCGACUCUCACCCUCAACUGAUCAGUCGAAGCGGGAACUUCGUCGGUUUCUUGAUCGUGACGUCGGCGUACACCGAUAUGGAUACCGACAUCAUCUGGAAGGCUGUGACUGACAGCCCCGACCCGCGGACGGUGUCCGAGAUCUUGGGAAUGCUGCUGAAGACCAUCCACAUGCAUCCGUCGGCUUCUCCCGCCCUGAUCUAUCUAUGCUCCAAGCUUCUCGACCUCCCCCUUUCCCGGUUUGAUCCCCGCAUGCUGGAGUUCUGUGAACAACUUCUGAACCAGGUUCGUGAGCAGCAUAGCGCAAGGGCAGAUCAUGACCUAUUGGAGAGGACCCAUGUGGAGGCCAUUCCAUUGCGUCUCUGUGUGCGCCUGAUCCGGGAGAGUGCCGCAACCACGGACCUGGCUUUGGACCACAAAGCGCUGCUGCAGAAGUUUGCGAGCACCCAGCUGCGCCUUUUCAUGGACACGGGGCUCAGCGAUAUGGAUAAGAUGGAAACGUACGAGCAAUGCGUUCAGGAUAUUGCCGAGAUGAACCAGUUUUCCGUGGGCAGCGUGCAGGCCCUGGACGCUCUGAUCCCGCAGUUCGAUUCCCAGGAGAUCCGGAAGCUUGCGACGGACUUCGAUCUGACCCGUUUGGUGAUCGCGGAGCUAGCCCACAUCAUCGAAGCGGAACAACCGGAUUUGACCGACCCGUUCGCGAGGAACGGCCUCCUUUCCAGGAUCUACUUACUGAUUCGCAUCAUCGACAAGGUUCCCGAUACGAUCACGUCGGACCUGGCCGAUGUGCUCUGGCGGGGGAUCUUCAUGUCGAAGAUGUUCCCUCCGCCCGGCCGGCCGACGCUUUGGGAACUGCUGUGUGGAAUCGUCCAGCAUGCCGUUAAGAGGAACCCAUUCAUCGAUCGCUGUGUGAGCGAAUAUCUCCCUGAACUCUCUCCCGCAGAAGACUAUUCCACGGAGGUUCUCGCGUUCGCCAAACAUACCGUCGACUACGAGGUCCGUUUCGAUCCUCCGCCAAUCGCGGCCGAGGGUGAGAUCGUCUCGAUUCCGGGAAUGGAUCGCAUCUGGGAUUUCAUCUUGACAGCGCCGCCGAAUUCCAUCGAGACGGAUGCCACGAAUUUCGCCAUCCAAGUCUACCUCGACCAUCCGGCGAUCAGACGGGCCCCGCGGUCGGCUAUUGACGCAACCCAUAUUGCUCUGGUAGAUCGCUGUGUGGACCAGCUCCGAUCGGCUGCGUCCGUAUUGAAGACGAGAUCUGGACAUCGCCUUGACGAUUUGAAUGGCUCGAAGCUUGAAGCAGUCCCUGGAGGCGGGCCCCAGACGGAAGAGGUGAGGUUCAGUCGCUCUCUGCUUUUCCUUCGGCAGUUCUUGCAGGGCUUGCGCAGCCGACCCCAGUACAGCCCGCCGCAGACCUCGCCGCCAAGUUUGCCUGGACGGCCGGGUAAAGGGGACAUGGUCAGUAUCAGAUACCAGGCGUUUGACGGCCCGAACAGUUCGAACAUGCGCACAUUUCCGAUUGGGGAGCUUUCGACUGCUGCCGAGGUGGUUGAGGCGUUGAUUCAAGUCACCGGUUUCUCCAAGUUUACCACUAUCCAUGGUGGGGCAAGGUUCAACCUCUUGGAUAGUCCUGAGCUCACGGUGCGGGACUUGAAGCUGGACUCGGCACUGCUUAUCGUCCGCAAGGCGCCAGACACUCAAGAGGUGGCCGUGAGUGGGCGACGCCCAUCCAUGACUUCGGUGGAUUCCGAGGUGUUGAAGCACUUUGAUGAUCUUUACGAGCUUCUUGGUCUUGAGAAUCGCCUAGCUCGGGAGAUAUAUGAUUUUCUGGUGGUUUUCCCGCCCCAGGAGAGGGUCCUACAGCUUGUCAAAUCAGCAGAGAAGACUGAAGCAGACAUGUUCCCCAUGGACAAGCCGUACAAUUUCCUUUAUUCAGUAAACGCUCUCUCAAUAUGCCUGAGGGAGGCGGCGCUCGAGUCAUCGCCCAACUUAGAAUUUGUUUCUCAUAGUAUUCAAGUCUUGGUGGCGGCUUUGACACGUCCCGAGAUGUUUGAGUCCUUGGAGAAAAGCUCCGAAAAGCUUAUGUUCGCCACCAGCCUUGUGGAAUGCCUUCUUUGCGCUCUUCUCGUGCGCCCCGGUUUGGCCGACGAGUCGUCUUCCAUUGCCCACCCUUCGCGGCUGAUCCAGCAGCUUGUGCACUUGAUGCAAAUAGGGCAGUGUAUCUUGCCUGCGCAACUGCCAGAAAUUGGCAUCUACAAGUUAAUCUGUCACUCGUUUGCCGUUAUCACCGAGGGUUCUGUUCGGGACCCUGCGUUUUGGACUGUAGUCAAACGGGAGGUACAGUUCGACUCCUUGCUACGCUCCUUUCUCUUGGGUGAACGUCGUCAGUCGAUCCGGAAAGGUAUCGCCGAUAACGUGGCCAUGGCCUGUCGUCCUCUUAUCCUGCCCAAAAAAUCGAGAAAGGUGACCCCGCCCCAGGACGAGAUUGCCAAAGAAGCAGCAUCUCCCGAAAUCCCAGUCAGAGUAGAUAUCCUUGGUACUAUUUGGGACGCGUUUGUCAAAACCUUCCCACAUAGCCUGGACUAUGCUCAGCAAUCGCAAGAAUUCUUCGAGGUCGCGUACAUGGUCUUCCAGUCUGUCGCGGAAAGGUCACCGCGGGACCUUAUCUACAGUGAUUACCUCAAGCAGUGGAGCCGUGUCAUGCUGCAGCAUCAAACAGAAGAGUUUGUGGGGCGUGAGCCUAUCGAUCAUCUGGUUCUGGGAUUCUGUCGUCUUCUGAAGUCUUGCCUGGACAUAGCAAGCGCCACCGAAAUUCCAGUUGAUACGUUCGAUCUCACCGAGAGUCUUUUCGACAAAUAUCUUUUCCCCGACUUUUCUGAACCCUCAUCAGAUCGCAUAGUGCCUCAAGUUCCCGUCAUGCACAACCAGACCCGUCAAGAACUGUACAAUAUUAUCAUUCUUCUCUGCAAAUUCGACGGCAAUUACUCCAAGAUUGUGGCACGUCUAGAAGAUAUCAUCCCUGAAGACAUUACAUACUCGCCUGGUUGGCCCUUUGAGCGGCAAAAGCUUCUCCGGGCCCCAGAGGGCUACGCGGGGCUCAGGAAUCUAUCUAAUACGUGUUAUUUGAACUCGCUUCUGACCCAGCUCUUUAUGAACGUUGGGUUUCGUGAUUUUAUGAUGCAGCUUGACCUUGCGGACCCAGCGUCAUCCCACAUGUUGCUUGAAGAAACCAAGAAGCUCUUUGGUCACAUGCAGGAAACAUGGCUCAAGAGUGUGGACCCUCAGGGGCUGGUGGACACGAUUCGGACAUACGAUAAUGAGCCCAUUGACGUCACCGUACAGAUGGAUGUCGAUGAGUUUUACAACUUGUUGUUCGAUCGAUGGGAGGCCCAGAUCGAGGAUUCCGAGCAGAAGAAAAAAUUCCGGUCAUUCUAUGGCGGCCAAUUGGUCCAACAGAUCAAAUCAAAGGAGUGCACUCAUAUCUCGGAGCGAUUUGAGCCGUUCUCUGCUAUCCAGUGUGAUAUCAAGGGCAAAGCCAGCCUCGAGGAGAGCCUGCAGGCCUACGUCGAAGGAGAGAUCAUGCAAGGAGACAAUAAAUACUCCUGUACCUCUUGCGGGCGGCAUGUCGAUGCCGUCAAGAGAGCAUGCUUGAAGGAUGUACCUGACAAUCUCAUUUUCCACCUUAAGCGCUUCGACUUCGAUAUGAUAACAAUGAUGCGGAGCAAAAUCAACGACGAGUUCCAGUUUCCUGAGCACAUUGACAUGAGUCCGUUCAAGGUCGAGCAUCUCUCCGACCAAAGUUCAAAUCCCAAGGAAGAUGUUUUUGAGUUGGUUGGCGUCUUGGUCCAUAGCGGGACGGCCGAAUCUGGCCAUUACUACUCCUAUAUCCGGGAAAGGCCCACGGCUAGCGCCAGUGGCUCGUGGGUGGAAUUCAACGACUCUGACGUGAGCAGGUUCGAUCAGACCAAGAUUGCAGACCAGUGUUUCGGUGGCUACGGCGACUCCGUUCAUUCCGCGACCAUGGGCCAGGUUCGGUAUCACAAGGUCUGGAACGCUUAUAUGCUGUUCUACCAACGCGUGUCAAGUAUGGAGACCGCCAAGUCGGUUUACAAACCAGCCUCGGACAAUUAUCCAGUGCGCGUGUCAUUGCCGGUGCCGCUUGCAAACCAUAUCGCGAUGGACAAUGAGGUACACAUACGAACAUAUUGCCUUUUGGAUCCCUUCCACACUUUACUCAUCCGCUCUAUGCUUUCUCGGUUGCACGAAAGCAAGAAUUCGACUGGUGAGGUGGACUCGAAGCUAGUCAAGCCUGUCGUCUUCAUUGCCUUGGACGCCCUCGAACAGCUGAUAGCGAGAACAAAAGACUGUGUGGGUCUAGAGAUGAUCGUUGGCGAGCUUAUCAAAGCAAUCGACGAAAUCCCUGACACGGCGUGUCGGGUCGUCCAAUGGAUUGUAGAGAGGCCGUCCCCCAUUCGCAAUCUUCUCCUCAGAAGUCCUUAUCCGUCCGUGCGAAACAGCGUUGUGAGGAUCGUUACUUGUGCACUUGCGGAACUUCGAACCCUACACAAUCGAGAGGAAGAUAACAGCCCCGAGAAGGAGCAUUGGCUAGCACAGUACUUUGAUGGUAUGGAAAGUGUGACCAUGAUGCUAGAGGGGCUGUGGACAGGUAUGCAAACCGCGAACAAAGCUUGGGAUGACUACUUCGAGUUCUUGUGGCAACUGGCAGGGUUUGGGCCACAUGAGGCUGGGAUAGUCCUCAACUACGGAUUCCUCCAAAAAUGCUUGGAGAUCAUGUGGCUAGACAGAGAUGAUCUGAAGCGCCUGAGACGCCAUUAUCCUGCCUAUAUCAGGCUCGCCGAGAAAGGCCGACGAUUCUCGCACCGAAAGCUCAUGGAUCUUCUGUCGCGAUUGCUGGCGAACGUUGACCUCACCGUGCUUCCAACUCCGGAUGACGAGCGACAAAUAUCGCCGGAUGGAAGGUUUACGCUCACGCUCACAGAAGGUACUCUGAUCCGAACGCUCGGGAAGAACAGGGAACUACUGGUCUUGAAGAAGAUGCUGCAAGAAUACAGCAGCCCGCAGGCGUGUCGAGAAGUUAUCGGUCUGUUGUUGGAUGCAGAACCCGAGGCUAGUCUUAUGGAGCCAAUCUGCAAGGUUCUAGAAGACGGGCUUCGAGUCGCGCCAGCCGAACUUUGCACCCCCUUUUUGGAUGCAACCCUGGUUUUCUGCCGACGGAGCCCCGAUGAAGAUCGGAUCGCGUCUUUGAUUGAUUAUGUCUGCAAAGGGAUCGACACCAUCAAUAACAGCGGGGGCAGAGAACAUGUCGCGUUUUUGGAGAGAGUCGUGGCUUGCCACAAUGAACGCCUAGGUCUCGACAGUAAUUGGUUUUUGUCUCAACUCACAGACCGGGUUCCCGACUGGGCACCAACUCUGCUGAUAUUCCCGGAUCGGUUCGUCAGGUCCACGACGGUGGAACUCCUACGGAACCUCCUGUUCUCCGGCGAGUCUCAAGAUGAUGAAAGCAGCGACUGGAAAGCGCGUCAUUCACGAGUUGCGAAAGAGCUCGUGCACGCCAGUAUCGACAAACUUACCAAGACAUACCUUACUACUUCCGGGGGCAACGUCGAGACUAAGGUUGUAGAAACCAUCAAACCCGUGGUUUCCCACUGUCUGUCGACUUACUUUGACGACAACGAUGAAGAGCGAGAGUUCACUCAUCAGGCACGCGCUGUCUUGGACGCAGUCGAAGAAUUGGCUGUUGACUUACCUGAGGAGCUGGCAUCCGAAGAAUGGGAGGACAACUCGGCCAUGGCAAGCGACUCGGAGAUAGGACUAGCGGGUUCGCCUUGAACUGGAAAAAGACAAAACCAAUGAAUUCCACGGAAACGGAACGUUAUCGUUUGAAACAGACAACAGGAAAAAAAAAAGACCAAAAAAGUACCCAUGAGGAAAACGAAUUUAUGAGGACAAAGGGGGCGUGUUUUCAUUUUCUGGUUCCUUUCUUUCUUUACAUCACCUGCAUUGCUUGGCGUUUCUCGCACCCCCCCCCCCCAACCACGCCUAGAACGGGGAAUGGGAUGGAUGGAUAGGAAAGGAGGUGUGCAAAUUGCGGUUCGUUGGCUGGCUAGUAUUUCUCUUGUGUUUUUAUGUUAUUGGCAAGUAUGGUAUGGUAUGGCUUUUUCCUGAAUGAUUUGAUUUACUUUGAAAUCACCACCGGUUGGGGAAAGGAAGUGUGCUCCUAGGCUGUUUGUUUUUUUUUUCUCUUUUUUCUUGCGUUUCGAUUCCAUAUCAUGUCUUAUUAAUUAUGAUGAUGAUUAUGGUGGUGAUGGUGAUGGAUUUUUGUCUUUUCACAAAUGAGGAAUGAAAGAAAGAUAGAUGAUUACCUGGACUAUUGUGAUGAUAAAUGACAAUGACAAUCAUGAUCAUGAU